CGCCGCUUGCUGCCGGGGAAACGACCCGGGAGAGUUGAGGGUGCGCGAAAUUGUGCCGGUGUUCGAGAAACUCCCGCCAUUUCGACAAGGAAUUAACCUCUUCGAGACAUUCUUUUCAAGCACUACCAGCAUUGUUUUACUUUCGUAAAGCGAAGACGGAUUAGUAGGAAAGUCGAAGAAACAUCGAGACCUCCGCUUGUACAGCUGAGUUGAUAAGCGAAUUGCUCUUCGCGCCAGACCGCCUGCUGGACUGUGGAGCUGUUGCCGCGAAUUUGACUUGGGGACCGGAUUGCAUCCUGACAGGUCAACCGGGAAAAUAAAAGUUCGCCAAAUAUCUCGACACGAGUUUCAAAAAAUAACUUUGUCGAUUUGGAACCGGACUUGCAACAGCUAUGGCGUCCCCGCUCAAGCAGAGAAGAGACAUUCGAUGAAGAGGCGAGGAAGAAGGCACACUGUUUUGUUUUGCAACGCGAUAGCAAUCCGGGCUGCUAACUAGCCCGUUAGCUGCUACACGUUGAGUUGUAGGCCUACCGGUAAAAGCGUGAUACAUGCUAUCAGCCACCGGGAUACAAGUUAAGGUCGUAUUAUUUUACACUGGUAUUAAAGUGAUUAUUUGAUUGCGCGACCGCCAUUUGAUUUAUAAUGGCACCGCUUUUGGGUCGGAAGCCUUACCCAUUAGCUAAGCCGCUAGCCGAGCCGCUAGGCCCGGGAGAGGAGGUCUACAUCAUCGAGCACACCAAGGAGGCCUUCAGGAACAAAGAUGAGUAUGAGGCCCGCUUGCAGAGGUAUGAAGAACGCAUCUGGACGUGCAAGAGUACAGGAAGCAUUCAGCUGACACAUAAAGAAGCAUGGGAGGAGGAACAAGAAGUUACAGAAUUGCUUCAAGAGGAAUAUCCUCACUGGUUUGAGAAGCCCAUCCUGGAGAUGGUCCACCACAACACAGUGUCUUUAGACAAACUGGUUGAAAUGGCCUGGUUAGAAAUCCUCACAAAGUAUGCUGUUGGCGAAGAGUGUGACUUCACGGUGAGCCAAGACAAAAGUCUACGAGCGAAGGUGGCAAAGAUCCAUCCCCUCGAGCACCCUGAGGGUGAAGCUGCAGAGAAGAAGCUUGAAGGUGCCUGUGAUUCUCCAUCCAGUGACAAAGAGAAUGCCAGUCAAGAGAACCAGAGGAAGGAACCUGCCCACAGAGAGGAGGAGAGCAGGAGAGAGAGUCUCAGUGAUAGGGCACGGCGGUCACCAAGAAAACUUCCCACUGCCAUGAAGGAAGAAAAGAAGAGGUGGGCGCUUCCCAAGUUUCUUCCUCAUAAGUAUGACGUCAAGCUCGUCUGUGAGGACAAGGUAAUCAGUGCUGUGCCAGCAGACAGUCUUUUCAGAACGGAACGCCCGCCGACCAAAGAGAUCAUCCGUUACUUCAUCAGACACUAUGCGCAGAGGCUGGGCAUGGGGGAGAGUGCACCCUGGGUGGUUGAAGAUGAAUUAGUGAAAAAGUUUAAUCUGCCUAGUAAAUUCAGCGACUUUCUUCUCGACCCACACAAGUUUUUAGCUGGGAAUCCCUCUACCAAGCGUAAGAGCUUGACUUCUCCUGAAGGUAAACCUAGAAAGAAGUCGAAGACACCUGGUACACCAGGAGAGCACAUAGGAAAUGAAAAGGGGGAGAAGAAAGGAAAAAGCAAGAAAGAUGUUCUCGGGAAGCCCCUUAGUCCUACCAUCUGGGGUCAUGUGCAGAAAAUAAAAAUGAAUGGUUCACCAUUAAAAGUAAAGAACUCUGGAACCACCAAGAAAGAAGAAGGUAAAAGCUCAGGUCCCUCGAGUCUGAAAACUGUGAAAAAAUCCGGAAAGAAACCUGGAAAGACCGGUGAUAAGAAUAUUCUUAAAGCUUCUAGAAAAGAUGCAAAGGCAAGUCCCAAGACACCUAAGAUGAAGCAGAUGACCCUGCUGCAUCUCGCUAAGAGUCCCGCUGCCGGCAGCCCCAAAAAACGAGCUCGCAGCAGUUCCACAGGCACUCCCAAACUAGGGAAACCAUUACAUCCAAUGGCUCUCCACCUUCUUCGUUACUAUAAGGAGAACAAGGACAAAGAGGACAAAAAGAGUGUUCUGUCUGCCCUCAUCUCAAAGGCUGCUAAGGCCUUGUCACCAGAUGACCGUGGCAGACUACCCGAUGAGCUGAAAGAGCUGGUUGAAAAACGCUGGGAGAGACUGGAGCAAAAGAAACGCUGGGCAGCCAUGAGCGAAGAGGAAAAGCAAGAAGAAAUGAAGAAGCGGCGGAAUGAUCUCAAAGAGAAACUUCGGGAAAAAGCCAAGGAACGUCGCGAGAGGGAAAUGCUACUCCGCCUCGAACAGUCCCGUCGAUACGAGGACCAGGAAAUCAAAGAUGGCAAGACGUUGCCGACCUUUAAGCUAGUCGACAUGCCCGAGGGGCUGCCAAACACCCUGUUUGGGGAUGUGGCUAUGGUUGUGGAGUUCCUUCACUGCUAUGCAGGCCUACUUAUGCCAGAUGACAAGUAUCCCAUCACAUCUACGGCUCUGAUGGAAUCGUUGGCCGGCGUACGCUCUGGUUUCCACUACCUGAACCGCGUGCUGGUGGUGCUGCUUCAGACGCUGCUGCAAGACGAGCUCGCAGAGGGCUACAGCGAGCUCGAUAUCCCUUUAUCGGAGAUCCCCCUUACCUUGCACUCUGUAUCGGAGCUGGCGAGGUUGUGCUUGCGUCCUUUUGAUGCUCAAGGUGAGGAGAGCGCUCAUGGGUCCGUGGACAUGGCCAUGAGCGGCUUUGAUGAUGUGGUGACGAGCGAGUUUCUGGAAAAGCUCGAAACUGUCGAGGUGUUUGAGCUUGAGCCAGAAGAAAAAGUCAGCUUGCUGGUAGCCCUGUGCCACCGCAUUCUCAUGACGUACUCGGUGGAAGACCACGUGGAUGGCAUGCAGCAACGCACCGCUGAACUGUGGAAGGAGCGCGUGGCAAUGCUGAAAGAGGUCAAUCGCAAGAAGGCUGAGAAGAAAAAGCAGAAAGAGGUUGAGGGCAAAGCACAAGAUGAGAAGAAAAAAAAGGAGGAUCCAAAGAAGGAGCUCAAAAACGAGGUAAAAAUAGAGUUGGUGGACAUGAUCAGCUCCGUCAAGAGCAGGCAGCUCAUGAGCAUGCAGGCCAAGAGAGAAAGAGAGGAGAUGGACAAACAAAACAAAGAACGCAUGGAAGUGGCAGCCGAAGAAGAGCGACAACGCAAACAAAGAGCGGCCAUGGAAAAGAAUUUUCAAGAGGGUAUAACAAAGGCCAAACUGGUCCUACGUAGAACUCCACUGGGCACCGACAGAAAUCAUAACAGAUAUUGGUUUUUCUCCGAUGUUGUUCCUGGACUCUACAUUGAGAAAGGCUGGGUGCAUGACGGCAUAGACUAUAGCUUCACACCUCUUGAGGAAAAAAGCGAGCCUGAUGUGGAUGACGAGGACGACGGUGAGGCUGCUGUGACAUUAGGAAGAACAUAUUUCUGUCGCCAUAAGCAUGCCAAACUUAUCAAAAUGCCUUUUGUAGAGGCUGAUGACAAUGGAAGUGUGGAUGGUGCUAAUAAUGAAGGAGCCCAACUAGGGGCAGCAACGGACGUCUGUAUAGAAACUACAACUCCUAAGCAGGGACAGAAUCUCUGGUUCAUCUGUGACAGUCCUGCCGAACUGGAAGAAUUGAUGGACAGUCUACAUCCUCACGGAGUUAGAGAGAGUGAACUGAAGGCAAAGAUAGAAAGCAGUUACCAGGACAUCAUACACUCCAUCAACUUGACCCGAAAGGACAAAGUGGGUCUUGGGGUCCCUGACGAGGACGCAGAGCUACUGAAAUAUUUACGCGGUGAUAUUCAGGAGAUAGCCUCACGCCUCCUGAAGGGUGGCUUGGGUUACUUUGAUGAUGACGUAGACAUGGAAGAUCAGCUGGAAAAAAUGGACAACUUGAAAGAAUUAGGAGAGUCCAUCAUCACCAUUCAGGCAUGUGUGAUCAAGAAGUUCUUGCAAGGAUUCAUGGCCCCCAAGCAGAAAAUGAAGAAAAAGCAAGGAGGGGAAGAAAGCAAAGCCGAAGAGGUGGAUGAGGAAAAGAAACUGGCGGAGGAGGCCAAGGUGGCAACAGCAUUAGAGAAGUGGAGGACGUCUAUCCGGGAGGCCCAAACCUUCUCCCGCAUGCAUGUGCUGCUUGGAAUGUUGGACGCCUGCAUCAAGUGGGACAUGUCUGCCGAGAAUGCCCGUUGCAAAGUUUGUCGGAAAAAGGGUGAUGAUGAGAAACUUAUCCUGUGUGACGAAUGCAACAAGGCCUUCCAUCUUUUCUGCCUGAGGCCAGUGCUGCACCGCAUUCCUGAAGGCGAGUGGCUGUGCACGGCCUGUCAGCCCACAUUGGCCAGACGGGGCACGCGCUCAAGGAACUACAAACAAGACAGCGAUGAAGAAGAUGAGGAGUCUGAAGAGGAAGACUCUGACGAGGAGGAAGAUGAUGAGGAAGAGUGUGAAUACAAGGCCAUGGGCCACAGCUUGAGACCAAGAAAGAAGAGGAAGCAAAAUUCAGCCGUGCAGAAAAGUAAACCCAAAAAGAAGUCGUCCUCUACUAGUCAGAGCAGCAAGCAGAGGACUGGCCCCAGCAACCCUGCAGACAUCGAUGAACUGGUUCGCCAGAGCUCUCAGUCAGGUGUGCGCAGACAAGCACUGGAGCUGGAGAAAUGUGAGGAAAUCCUUAAAAAACUGACCAAGUUUCGAUACAGCUGGCCCUUCAGGGACCCAGUGUCCACAGAAGAAGCCGAGGACUAUCUGGACAUCAUUUCGCAGCCUAUGGAUUUUCAGACCAUACAGAAAAAGUUCAGCCAAGGCUCCUAUCGCCACGGCCAAGACUUCAUGGAGGACAUGAAGCUGGUCUUCUCCAAUGCAGAGGAGUACAAUGAGCAGGGCAGCACCGUGCUCUCCUGCAUGACCAAGACGGAGACGGCCUUUACGGAGCUGCUCCAGAAGAUGCUACCCGGCCUCAGCUACCUCCGACGACGCACACGCAAGCGCGUCAGUCAAGCUCCCGUAUCGUCAGAGGAGGAUGAAGAAGAAGAAGAAGAAGAGGAGGAAGAAGAAGAAGAAGAAGAGGAAGAGGAUCGGGCACUUCCGCAGAAAAGAAUUCAGAAUGGCAAGUCAGGCGCAAAGAAAAGCAGAAACACCCGAGCAGCUGCACAGGAUGAGGAGAGUGAGGAUGAAGAAGAGGACAGCGGAAAGAGGAGAAGUAAGAGGACCGCUUCCAAAGCAGCCAGGAAGGAUUACAGGGAGCAGGAUUGCAACGGUGAGCGGAACGCUCGCAGAACUCGGCAGCAGCGGGGCCGGCUGGAGGUCGACGAGGAAAGCAGCGAUGACGAGGUGCCGAGUCGACAGCGACAUUCCAAGAGACAGAAGCGCUCAUGAAGCCCAGGGUGCGUUUGGCUUCUUCUUUUUGAGUUUUUAUUUCUUGUCCAAGUGAUCAGACUCCUUUCCAUCAGCCAGCAGGGAAUCAAACUUCACAAUGACUCUUUGUCUUCUUGAAUUUCUGUUCAUAAUUUUCAAAAAGGAUUUAUAUUUGUAAUUUGUAUUAUUGGUGGGGUUUUUUUUUUCCCUCAUUGAAAAAUUAGACAUAGACAAGCAGCACAUGGAGCCUUGUCACUUUCUUAGGGCUUUUAAAAAUGUCCCGAUGUCAGUUGUGCAGCGAUUUUCAUUCUUUGAGUGGGGUACCUACUUGGUGUACGUGUGGCUACAAACCCCUUAUGCACACCAUGAACACUUUAAAUAUUGUACAAUGACAUACUUAAUAUCUCUGCGGGAGGCCUCAGUCAAAUGCAAAUUUUGUACAAUACAUUUGUUUUCUUAAUUUCUCAAAUCCUUUGGUCACAUGCUGCGUUCUACUUUACUGCCCAAAUGUGACUUUGGAACCAGCAGGCUGACCAAGCAAGCGUCAUCAUUUGGAUUUUUUGUUCUGUCGUGGCCUGCCACUUUAAACAAAGCGGUACCUCAAGGUUCUGUGAAGUGCACUACUUUGUGUAAAAUGUACCAAACAAGCCAGCAACUGCAGGACCACUUUGAUAAAAAUGUGCAUAAACAUUUGUAAAACAACAAAUAUGGGUAUUUUUGAAGAGUUAAUAUUUUUUGCACAUUUCAUUUGGGGUUUGUAAGGCAAAUCUACGUUAAUGUUAAAUCAGGAUUCUGCAUUAAUGUUAAAUCAGGAUUCUUCUAUUUGUGCAGAGAACAUGUUUGGUAUUUUUUUUCGAACUGUUUCCUGGCAAAAGUGGCCGAUUUUUUGUAAAGAACACCUCAGAACACCUCAGCAACCAUUUAUUACAAUCAAAAUGCAGCUCUUCGGUGGACGUGUUCAGUGAGCCACCAGGUGGCGCUUCUCUCCUAUCUUCAGAUUCAGUCACAGCUUUGCUCAUGCCUAUGUAGCCACUUUUUUUUUUUAUACGGGGAAUGUAAAAUAUCAUUUACACUUCACUUGAAUAUUCUCCUGUGUAGGUUUUCUGUCACAUGAUCAGCCUAGACGCUGCCCUAUAGCCUUCCUGUGUUCAUCCUGUGACGUAAUUUCUUCGUAGUGUUUUUUUUCCCUCAUGACUUAAUGUUUGGGUGUUUCUGCUUUACUCCAUUCUUACAACCAAUGAGUGAAAUUUGACUGCCCCCUCAAGUUGAGAGCUGACUCUUUUACACAGUUCUUUUUAUAUGUGUAUUUAUAGUUUAGGCAGAUUUAAGUUGUAAUUAUGUGUAAAGGUUUUCCAAUAAAGGCUAUGAGCAAGA